CGCUCGGGUAGGGCGGCAGCUGGAGGCCUCAUACGCGAUCACAAUGGACGAUGGUCUCAUGGGUUUGCAGUUAACGUUGGUCUCACAACAAGUUUGAUGGCUGAGUUGUGGGGCUGUAGAGAGGGUCUCAAGCUAGCUGCCUCUCUGGGAGUGCAGCAAUUGAUCUUAGAGAUGAUGGACUCCUUACUGGCAAUUCAACUCAUUCAAACCCGGCAGGUAUCAGUUGGACCAGCUUCAGUGCUUCUCACGGACAUCUUUCUAUUGAUAGAUUCUUUUAGCCACUGCUUGGUACAACACACCCUCAGGGAGGAGAAUUCGGCUGCAGACUUUAUGGCAUCCAUGGGUCAUGAUUUAACGUUGGGCACUACAUUCUUCCCCACACCUCCACGGGGUAUUCAUAUGAUCUUACAAAGUGAUUCUGUUGGGACCAUGUUUCCUAGGAAGUAAGCUGAAAUAAUAGCUUCUGAUGUACCAAAAAAAAAAGAGAUAUUUUUUUUAUUUAAAAGUUCUUAUUUUACAAUUUAAUAUAACUUAAAUUGUAAA